CAGCCAUACAGCAUAAAUAAAAUGCAUGCACUGUGGAUGCCUCAAACACGAACACACACACACACACAGCGCACAGGCUUCGGAAUCUCUUACGCCGAGGAAAGAUCUCAAGUCUUCAGAAAUGAGGGGUUUUCUAGGUCUGCUGGUGUCCGCUAUGUGCCUGUGUCUGCUGGGCCAGGCUUUUGCAGAAGAGAGCUUGGGAAGCAGAUACAUUCUGGAUGCAGUAGAGGAGGCAAAAAGGCUGGUUGACGAGGCCUACAAAUAUUCCAGAGAAACGAGCCUGGACAGGGUGCGGAGGAACACGGUGAGCGCGGCUAACAGGCUGCGGCUGAUGAAGCAGCCGUUCGGCGAGACCAGGUCGGCGGUGCGCGCGGCGGACUACAUGGAGAACGCGCUGAGGCUCAUCCAGGAGAACGUGCACGCUCACGGACGCUACAGGCGCUCCCUCAACGCCACGGAUCUUCUGACUGCAGACGAGCUGAACACUCUAGCCCGCCUGACCGGCUGCUCUGCGAGGGUCCAGCCCCCCUCCUGCCGCACUACCGCACAGAUCAACAAGUACAGGACGGCCACCAACGUCUGCAACAACCGAAAAAACCCCCGCCUGGGAGCCUCCAACACCCCGCUCGCCCGCUGGCUGCCCCCACGGUACCAGGAUGGCGUCUCCCUGCCCGUUGCGUGGGACAGAGAGCUGGAAGUCAACGGAAGAGUGCUCCCGCUGGUAAGGGAGGUGUCUAACCGCAUCCUGAAAACGGCCAAUGAGGAUGUAGUGAGCGACAACAUGUACACCCACUUGGUGACCAUCUUCGGCCAGUGGACGGACCACGACCUGACCCUGACGCCCACGUCCCCCAGCAUCCGCUCCUUCAGCAACGGCAUCAACUGCGAGGAGUCCUGCGACCGCGCCGAGCCCUGUUUCCCCAUCAAGAUCCCGGACACGGACCCGCGCCACAGCCAGGCCGCCUGCAUGCCCUUCCACCGCUCGGCCCCGGGCUGCGGGACGGGCAACACGGGCUUCGUCUUCGGCGCGGGCAACGUGCGGCAGCAGAUGAACACGCUGACGGCCUACCUGGACGCGGGGCAGGUGUACGGCUCCACCGACGCGCAGGCCCUGAGCCUGCGGGACCUGACCAACGACGGCGGCCUGCUGCGUGUCAACGAGCGCUACAGGGACGCCGGCGGGCGCGAGCACCUGCCCUUCGGCACCAUGCCCGCCAACAUGUGCGCCACGCGCAACGCCAUCCUCAACACCACCGGCCUGGAGGAGGUGCCCUGCUUCGUGGCAGGCGACGCCCGUGUGAUCGAGAAUAUCGCCCUGGGGUCCGUCCACACGCUGUUCCUGCGCGAACACAACCGCCUGGCGCGCGCCCUGCUGCAGCUCAACCCGCACUGGAGCAGCGAGACCCUGUACCAGGAGGCCCGCAAAAUCAUGGGUGCCUACUUCCAGGUGAUCACAUUCCGGGACUACCUGUUCUACAUCGUGGGGCCGGACUACAUGGAGCGAUACCUGCCCGCUUACCCCGGCUACGACGAGAACGUGGACCCCAGCAUCGCCAACGUCUUCGCCACCGCCGCCUUCCGAUUCGCCCACAUGGCCAUCCAGCCCUUCAUCUUCAGGCUCGACGAGAACUACAGCGAAAACCCAGCGCACCCCAGUGUGCUGCUGCACAAGGCCUUCUUCACCCCCUGGCGGCUCCUUUUUGAAGGUGGUGUGGACCCCUUGCUCCGGGGCCUGGUGGGCCAGAGGGCCAAGCUCAACGUGCAGGACAAGCUGAUGCACGAGGAACUGAGGAACAAGCUCUUCCAAUUUAGCAGCAAACUGGCCCUAGACCUGGCCUCUUUGAACAUGCAGCGGGGCCGGGACCAUGGUCUGCCAGGGUACAACGCAUGGCGCGGGUUCUGUGGCCUGUCCCGGCCGCAGAACGAGGAAGAGCUGGCGGAGGUGAUGAACAACACGGUCAUGGCCCGCAAGCUGAUCGAGCUGUACGGGACGCCCGAAAACAUCGACGUGUGGAUGGGGGGCGUCGCAGAGCCCUUCGUGCACGGAGGCCGCGUGGGACCCCUCUUCGCCUGCAUCAUCGCCACCCAGUUCCAGAAGAUCCGCCAGGGAGACAGGCUGUGGUGGCAGAAGGAGGGCGUGUUCACCAGCCAGCAGCGCGCCUCCCUCACCCGCACGUCCCUCGCCCGCAUCAUCUGCGACAACAGCGGCGUCACCGAGGUCCCCAUCAACCCCUUCCUGUACCGGCCUCGCGGGGCCGGCUACGCGCGCUGCGAGGACAUCCCGGCGUUCGACCUGACCCCCUGGCAGGAGAACCAGGCACCACCACCUAAGCCAGCCCCUGGACCGAGAGGACCACCUGGACCACCAGGUCCACAAGGGCCAGCUGGACCUGCGGGCCCCCCCGGCCCCCCUGGCCCCCCCAGCAACAGCAUCAGCAGCCAUUCGGCCUUCGCAGUGCGGCUGGGGUACAACAGCCCCAGCCCCAACCAGAAGAUCGUCUUCCGCGAAUCCAUCUACAACGAGCAGGGCCACUACAGCACCAAGACGGGCGUCUUCACCUGCGUGGUGCCCGGCCUCUACAUGUUCGACUUCCACGUCACGCUGCACGAGAACGCGGGCAGCGUCGACCUGCGCCGCAACGGGGAGCUGAUGUUCCACUCCUCCACCUCCCGGACCGACGGCUACAUCACCGCGUCCGGCGGCACCAUGAUCCCCCUGCGCAAGGGCGACAAGGUGUGGCUGCAGGCCAACCUCGGGGGCAACGGGCUCACCGCCGACAGCUACUUCCUUGGGCACCUGCUCUACUAGGGGCCAGGCCACCUGAGCACCUGAGCACCUGACCGGGAGGACGAGCCCACCACCACCUCCCUACCGCACCCAGCCCGAUCACCUGAACACCUGAGCACCUGAGCAGGAGGACGAGCCCACCACCACCUCCCUACCCCACCCAGCCCGACCACCUGACCAGGAGGCUGACCUCACCACCCCCCCCCCCCUUCCGACCCCAUCCUCGACCUCAGGGCCCACAACAUGCAUGGUGUGAGAUCAUCAUUUUUUUCUCCUCUUCUUUCACUCAUAUUCUCCCUUUUUUCCUCCAAUGUUUCCUCGCAGUUUGACUCCAAAGAAGGAGAGCACAAAUGUUGGCUUCCCCCACUAAUGACUUUUUCUUUUUUUUAAAAAAAAAGGUUUUUCAAUGUCAGUUCUAAACAUUUUAUGUCAAUGAAUCUAAGUCAAAAAUCAGAAACACAGUGUAAGGUGUGCAGGUGUACAGGUGUAUUCCAGUGUUAUAAUGAUUUAUGCAUUAUUUAAUUUGUAAGAAAAUAGGCAGGGUGUAGACUGAUUGUUAAAUAUUAAAUAUUAAUGCAGCACUGAAGUAUUUAAGUAAGUAAUUAAGUAAUUAAUUUUAAUUUACAGAGAAUGAUAAAUUAAUAUUCUAAGGAAAUUUAUAGAAAUUCCUUAGUUAUAGAAAAUGGUUUAUUGUUUGUUUUUUUUUUGUUUUUGGCUGAUGCAAAUGACCUGUUUUUGUUUUGUUGCUUAAUAAAAAUAAUUCGUCAUUUUGCAUUAGAAAAAUCAAUACAUAUUUUUGAAGAAUACAGUAUAUAGACGAUAAAUUGCACUAAAACGUAGACAGAUUACUAGCUUUGAGACAAUGACUCAGGUUAUGGACAAAGAGAUUUCAUCUGCUCUCUGUAUCAGAUAUUUAUAAAAGAUCACCCCACCCUAUUUUGAAAUCUCUGACAGAAUCUCCUCUUUUUGGGUAAAUGGUAGCAUAUACAAAGAACUGUGACUCUUACGUUACAUGACAAGUGUCGAACUCCAGGCCUGGGGGGGGCCACAGUCGCUGCUGAUUUUCAAUGUGUUUUUGGCACCAAGUGGUUCACAUGAGCCAUUGACCGGAAAUCCACACACCUUGGUCUCAAAGCUUUCAACUGGCAGAUGAUUGAAAAGAAACC